AUGGCUUCAUCAAAUACACCAUCAGAAACACCAACUUCUCAGGAACAAGGAUCAACUCCUGAUCCUCCAAUUGGAACCCAAAAAAAUAGUAACAGAGAAAAAACUGAUCCUGCAUGGGGCCAUUGUAAACAAGUUUUGGAUAAAGGAAAAACUGCUUUGGUAUGUAUUUAUUGCGAGAAGCUUAUUAGAGGUGGAGGAAUUAACCGGGUUAAGCAUCAUUUGGCUGGAAAAGGCGGAGAUAUUGAGGCAUGUCGAAAGGUGCCAGCUGUGGUGAGGCACCAAUUCAAUCAAAAUAUUGAAGAUCUUCGAACCAAGAAAAGGAAAACUCAAGAAGAAUAUGCAGAAAGUUAUGGUGCUUGUGAUGACGUUGAAAGGGAAUUUAAUGAGAUUGAACCAACACCUGGAGCUCAACCAAGUAUUAAAAGUGUUCUCCAAAGCAAAGAAAUUGUGGAGAAGUGUGAUAUUGCUAUUGCAAGAUGGAUGAUGGAUGCCUCUGUGCCAUUCAAUGCGGUUAAUUCAGCUUAUUAUCAACCGAUGAUCGAUGCUAUUGCAAACAUGGGUGCAGGGUAUAAAGGGCCAAAUUACCAAAGAGUUCGUGGAUAUUUGUUGAGUAAAUUGGUUGAAGAUGUAAAGAAGAUGAUUGAAGGUUAUCGUGUGAUGACGGAUAAUGCUGCAAAUUACGUUGCUGCUGGAAGGUUGUUGGAAUCGGAGUUUCCUAGAUUGUAUUGGUCUCCUUGUGCGGCACAUUGUAUUAAUCUGAUAUUGCAGGAUAUUGGGAAGUUUGUGGAAGUGACUGAAACUGUGUCACAAGCUUCAAUGAUUACGAAAUAUAUAUAUAAUCACUGCCAUCCUUUGUACUUGAUGAGGCAGUUCACAGGCGGCCGAGAAAUACUUCGUCCAGCUCCAACUCGAUUUGCUACUAAUUUCAUUGCUUUGCAAAGUAUUUUGGCUCAAAAGGAUGCGUUGAGAGCUAUGGUGACAUCUAGAGAAUGGACAAGUUCAGCUUACUCUAAAGAAGCCAAAGCAAAAAAGUUUGUGGAUCAAGUCUUAGAUUCUAAAUUUUGGAAUCAAUGUACUGAUAUUGUUAAGCUUACAGAGCCACUUGUUCAUGUAUUGCGUAUUGUGGAUAGUGAAGAUAGAGCUGCAAUGGGUUUCCUUUAUCAAGCUAUGUAUAAGGCUAGGGAAGACAUGGUGAAGAGGUUUCAAAAAAGAAAGAGGGUUGUUGAACCUUAUUUGAAGAUUUUAGAUUCACAAUUUGACAAGCAUAAAGACACAAUUUCUGGCCUACUAGAUGUGAUUGAGAGGUAUGCUUACGGUGAUGCUGAUUUGAUUACUAAAUUGACAAGUGAGAAGAGAAUAUUUAAGAAUGCUGAAGGAGACUUUGGGAGACAGUCUGCAAUACGUGAGCGAAGCACUGUGAUGCCUGAUCAAUGGUGGGAAUCUUAUGGAUGUGGAGCACCAAACCUGCAAAAGUUAGCAAUUCGUGUUUUGAGUCAAACUUGCAGUUCUUCAGGUUGUGAGCGUAACUGGAGCAUUUUCGAACACAUUCACUCAAAGAAAAGGAAUCGGUUAGAGCAUCAAAAGCUUAAUGAUCUUGUUUAUGUUCAUUACAACUUAAGGCUACAACAAAGGAACCGAAUGAGAAAGCAAAGUUAUGAUCCAAUUUGUCUUGAUGCAUUUGAGGAUCAUUCGGAAUGGAUAAUGGAAGAUUCACCACCAUUUUUAACUCCUGAAGAAGUUGAUGCUUUACGGAAUGAUCUUACAAAUAUGUCUCUUCAAUCAGCUUUAGAUGAUUUGGAUGAAUUGAAUCUGGAAGAUGAUCGAGAUGAUGGUGAAGCUAAUAAUACUUCUGUGGAAAAUGCAAAUCAGAAUGAAACCAAUCAGGAUGUAGCUCCAGAUUUGUCAGAUGAAGAAAGAUUUCCAGACUUUGAAGUUACUCCUUGGAUAUAA